CAGGUAAGCCUCAGCCCGUGCUGCAGGUGGUCUGACUCACAGUCCCCCAAGUGACUCCUGAGGAGCAUCUGCAGGCAGGAGGAUGGCCCAAGUCCUGCACGUGCCAGCCCCCUUCCCAGGGACCCCCGGCCCAGCCUCCCCGCCCACCUUCCCCUCCAAGGAGCCCGACCUGCCCUACUCCGUGGAGACGCCCUACGGCUACCGCCUGGACCUGGACUUUCUCAAGUACGUGGACGACAUCGAGAAGGGCCACACGCUACGGCGGGUGGCCGUGCAGCGCCGGCCCCGCCUCGGCUCCCUGCCCCGCGGCCCUGGCUCCUGGUGGACGUCCACCGAGUCUCUGUGCUCCAACGCCAGUGGGGACAGCCGCCAUUCGGCCUACUCCUACUGCGGCCGAGGCUUCUACCCGCAGUACGGCGCCCUGGAGACCCGCGCCGGCUUCAACCCGCGCGUGGAGCGCACGCUGCUGGACGCCCGUCGCCGCCUCGAGGACCAGGCGGCCGCCCCCACUGGCCUGGGCUCCCUGACCCCCAGCGUGGCUGGCUCGACAAGCUCACUGGUGGGCGUGGGGCUGCCACCCCCGACGCCGCGGGGUUCGGGACUGUCCACGCCGGUGCCGCCCAGUGCUGGGCACCUGGCCCACGUGCGGGAGCAGAUGGCGGGGGCCCUGCGGAAGCUGCGGCAGCUGGAGGAGCAGGUGAAACUGAUUCCCGUGCUCCAGGUGAAGCUGUCGGUGCUGCAGGAGGAGAAGCGGCAGCUCACGGUGCAGCUCAAGAGCCAGAAAUUCCUAGGCCACCCGGCGGGAGCCCGGGGGCGCAGCGAGCUCUGCCUGGACCUCCCCGAGCCCCCUGAGGACCCGGUGGUGCUCGAGACCCGGAGCGUGGGCACCUGGGUCCGAGAGCGGGACUUGGGCAUGCCCGACGGGGAGGCAGCCCUUGCCGCUAAGGUCGCCGUGCUGGAGACCCAGCUCAAGAAAGCGCUCCAGGAGCUGCAGGCAGCUCAGGCCCGGCAGGCCGACCUCCAGCCCCAGGCCUGGCCGCCACCAGACAGCCCAGUCCGUGUGGACACUGUCCGGGUGGUGGAGGGGCCGAGGGAGGUAGAGGUGGCGGCCAGCACAGCUGCGGGGGCCCCUGCACAGCGGGCCCAGAGUCUGGAGCCCUACGGGGCAGGGCUGCGGGCCCUGGCGACAUCCGGCGGGGCCGAGAGCCCCCCUGUGUUCCGCAGCCAGGAGGUGGUAGAGACAGUGUUCCCAGCACCCCCUGCAUCCACCAGCAAUGUCCAUCUGGUAAAGAAGAUCAGCAUCACAGAGCACAGCUGCGAUGGGGCAGCAGGUCUCCCACAGACUCCUGCAGAGUCAUCCUUGUCACCCCCGGAGUCUGAGGGGGACUCCCUCAUGCAGCCAGAGAAGAACACAGGCCUGGUGCCUGCCCACGACGCCACCAACAGAGAGCCUACCAGGCAAGCAGCCCCACAGGAGUCGGAGUCAGAGGAGGCCGGGGGUGCAGGAGGGCCCCCAGCAGGUGUGCCAUCCAUCAUGAAGCAGAAAGAGGAGCCCGCAGACCCCGAGACUCACCGGAGGAGCCUCCAAUUCGUGGGGGUCAACGGCAGGUAUGAGUCCUCAUCCGAGGAUUCCAGCACAGCAGAGAACUUCUCGGACAAUGAGAGUACAGAGAACGAGGCCCCAGAGCCGGAGGAGAGGGUUCCGAGUGUGGUUGAAGCCCCCCAGCUCAGGCCCAAGGAGACAGCAAAGGCCAAGAUCAGCCGGGAGGAGUGCCAGCUGUCCCGGGAGUCUCAGCAGGCGCCCACAGCUGAGGGGGCGUCGGGAUCAAGUGCGGAAGAGGAGAUCCGGAUGGAGCUCAGCCCCGACCUCAUCUCAGCCUGCCUGGCCCUGGAGAAGUACCUGGAUAGCCCCAGUGCCCUCACCGAGCGGGAACUGAAAGUGGCCUACACCACGGUGCUGCAGGAGUGGCUGCGCCUGGCCUGCCGCAGCGAUGCCCACCCAGAGCUUGUGCGGCGCCACCUGGUCACCUUCCGGGCCAUGUCGGCGCGGCUGCUGGACUAUGUGGUCAACAUCGCCGACAGCAACGGCAACACUGCGCUGCACUACUCCGUGUCCCACGCCAACUUCCCCGUGGUGCGGCAGCUGCUCGACAGCGGUGUCUGCCAGGUAGACAAGCAGAACCGCGCCGGCUACAGCCCCAUCAUGCUCACAGCCCUGGCCACCCUGAAGACCCAGCAUGACAUCGAGACUGUCCUGCAGCUCUUCCGGCUCGGAGAUGUCAAUGCCAAAGCCAGCCAGGCGGGGCAGACAGCCCUGAUGCUGGCGGUCAGCCAUGGGCGGGUGGACGUGGUCAAAGCCCUGCUUGCCUGCGAGGCGGACGUCAAUGUCCAAGAUGAUGACGGCUCCACGGCCCUCAUGUGUGCCUGCGAGCACGGCCACAAGGAGAUCACGGCGCUGCUGCUGGCUGUGCCCAGUUGCGACAUCUCUAUCACCGACCGCGACGGGAGCACGGCUUUGAUGGUGGCCUUGGAUGCAGGACACAGUGAAAUUGCAUCCAUGCUGUACUCUCGCAUGAACAUCAAGUGCUCGUUCGCCCCGAUGUCGGAUGAGGAGAGUCCUGCGUCAUCCUCUGCAGAAGAGUAG